UUUGUGACGUCACCAGCGUGUUGCCGGAGAAGGCCGGAGCAAGAUGGCGGGGUCCAAGGUGAAGCAGGACAUGCCUCCUGCGGGAGGCUAUGCAGCUUUUGAUUACAAGAGAAAUCUACCAAAACGAGGACUUUCGGGAUAUAGCAUGUUCGGGAUUGGCAUUGGAAUCAUGGUGUUUGGUUACUGGAGGCUUUUCAAGUGGAACAGAGAGAGGAGACGCUUGCAGAUUGAGGAGUUGGAGGCUAGGAUAGCUCUGAUGCCGCUGCUGCAGGCCGAGCAAGACCGAAGGACCUUACGGAUGUUAAGGGAGAAUUUGGAGGAGGAGGCGAUCCUCAUGAAGGACGUUCCAGGUUGGAAGGUUGGUGAGAGUGUCUUCCACACAGACCGCUGGACGUCCCCUCUGACAGAGGAGCUGUUCAACCUCCGGCCCAAAGAGCAGCUUUUGCAUAAGCGUUUUGGCUUCUUGUCAUACGUCUGAGCAGCGGACUACAACGGCUGACAACUUGUGGACCCAAGCCCUCAAUACAGCUUGUAAAUGUUCAAUAUUAAAGUAUCUUUUUUCUGUACCUCA